GCUACCAAAUCAGUUGCAAUAAUCGCAGUGUUCAGAUCAGAGUUAAAUAUUUUUCAAAGAAAUUUUAACCAGAUUUUUAAGAUGAAAUACUUUGCUGUUUUGUUGCUGCUUUGCACUCUAUUGGGUGCUUCGCUUGCCUCGCUCAAGAAUCCGGCUUGUGGUGAGGAAUUUGGCGUGAUUGGAGCUUGUCGUGGUCAACUGACCAAGUGGACCUAUCGCCGGGACACCAAUGAGUGCGUCAACUUCAACUACGGUGGAUGCCAAGGCAACAACAAUCUCUUCGAUUCAAAGAGCCAGUGUGAAAGCUCUUGCAAAGUCUAAACAAAUGUAAUUUUUGUUCAUUUUAAUAGUAUAAAUAAAUUAACUCUCAAUUUCACUU